AUUCAGGCUCUCCGGCAUCUCACGCAUCGCUGGAGGCUAUACGCCAGAACUAGUGACAGCGCGACAUAACCAAGGUCGUCUUUACACUUCGGCAGCCUCGAGGUAGCACAGGGUGAAGCACCGCUGCUCUUUACGUCGCCAACACAGAGGAACAGCAAGCCAGCUAAAACAGGCAAAGACAAGACAUCCGCGGCCUUAGACCCGAACACAAUGGCCUCGGACGACGACAAGUCCCGCAGCCGCAGCCGCUCCGCCGACAGCCGCCGCAAGUCGCGCAAGAGCGAUGACGACAAGUCCCGCUCCCGCUCCCGCUCCCGCUCUCCAGCGAGGGAAAACCAGGAACGCGUCACGAAGGUCAUCGACAUCGCGACCGACGACGCCGCCUUCGUGCUUGGUAGAGGCGGCGCCACGAAAAGAAAGAUCGCGCGCGUCUCGGGAGCCAAUAUCGAGCUCGACGAACACGCUUUAACGAUCACGCUGAACGGCACGGAGAAGCAGUGCAACCACGCCAUCGACUACAUCGACUUCAUCAAGCAGCAGCGCGUCGGGCCCGUGACGAUCGACAUGGAAAGAUCCCGAGGGGAUUUCACGGGGUACACGGUCCCCGGCGACUGCAUCGGCUUCGUCAUGGGGCGCAACGGCCAGACGCUCAGAAGCAUGGAGGAGGAGUGGGGCGUGCUCAUGUUCUUCGCGAAGACUGAAGGGUCGCAGCGCGGUCCGCGACGCAGCGUGGAAAGGCGCUUCAAUCUAGCUCAUACGCCAUCGACGCGACUCGUCUCCGUCAGAGAAUGCGCUGGGUGGUCUCGUUUCCGAUUUUGAGCUCCGUCCGCACGCAGGUGAUGAUGAGCAGCUCUGCAUCUUCGGGCCGCUGGCGGCGCGGAGAGGCGCGGAGCUGAAGACCAUGUCCGCCGUCGAGCACAAGCACCCGGGCUACUGCGUCUCCUCGAAGGGUGAGCUGCGGGACGUCGAUCGCGUGCCAGGCGAUGAAGAUGAGGGCGGCUGGGGCAUCGACACCGUGCCGCUGACGGACGACUCCUUCUCCUACGCUCUCGGGGCGCGCGGGUCGACGCGUCGUAAAUUAGCGGCGGCUUCCGGGUGUAUUAUCGAGUACGUCGGGCGGUUGGCGUGCUUCGCGGGCUACCGCCAAGAUAGAAGACGGGGCAAGGACUACCUCAGAUGGCUCCUAGAACAAAGGACCGGUCAAUCGGUGGUCGACAACCCGAAAGAUAGAGAUGAUUGCAAAGUGGUGAAAGUUCCGACUUCGAGCGUCGGCUUCCUGACGGGCUAUCGGGGCGAGUCGCUGCGGGCGAUCGAACGGGAAAGCAGCACGUUCAUGUUCACGGACGGGGAUGGCAGAGGAAGCGGCGAGAGCGAGAAUUUGUUGAUCUUCUCCUUUAGCAGAGGUGCGCGCGACCACGCCGCGGACAUUGUGGAAGACCGCAUCCGCCACCACAAGCAGAUCGGACGAGGUGGUGGUGGCCCUGGUGGUGGGUACAAUGAUGGCCCGAGGGGCUACGGCGGCCCGCCCGGCGGAUUCGGAGGUGGCUAUGGCGGGCCGCCGAGAGGUCCGCCGAUGGGCUACGGUGGAGGCUACGGCGGGCCGCGGGGCCCGCCGAUGGGUGGAGGCUACGGUGGUGGCUAUGGCGGCGGCGGCGGCAACUACGGCGGCUACGGCCAGGGCGGCGGCGGCGGCGGCGACCGCCGCGGCCGGUCGCGCUCGCGCGACCGCAAGCGCUCGAGCCGCCGCCGCCGCGACGACUCGGACUCGUCGCGCUCGCGCUCGCGCUCGCGCGGCCGCCGCCGCCGCCGCGACUAGACGCCGACCGGCCGCGCGACCUGAACCCCUCCCCCCCUCGGCGCGCACGAAGCUCCUCCUCCCCUACAACAACACGCUUCCUCUCUUUGUUCACGAGGCGUGACCGGCCUCUAUCCACAUCGGUCUCGGGGGGAACACUUCGACACGCACUCGUCCUCAACUCUCCUGGAGAUCCUCCGGUCCGAGUCGUCGAGGAGGAAGUGCUCGGGCGGGGGGCUCCAUGCACGCAUCGUCACGGACUCGUCACGGUCGCCCCGGCCGCCCGGACUUCCGCCCGGCGUCGUGGGUAGGUUGCGACGGACGCUGCGUCGUGCGGGGACGUGCUGCUGCAGGGUCACAACAUUAAAUUUUUAACUGUCCAGUGUACGUAGUUCCGGAAUAGAACUCGAGGACCACGGACUUGGACGACGUCGCGAUA